GGAGAGAAAGGGAGAGGGAGAAGAGGAGAAAGAAAGAAAGAGAGAAAAGAAAGAAAUCGCAGCUCUGUUGAGAGAGAGGAGAGAAAGAAAUAAAGAAGAAAAGAAAGAAAGGAAGGAAGGAAAGAAAGAAAAGAAAGAAAGAAGGAAAGAAAUCGCAGCUCUGUUGUGUGGAGACUUGUAAAAGUUUCCGGGCUUUCUAGUAGAUGGUCUUUCGGCGGCAUGGACAGGCUCUAUCCGCGGCCGACCUGGGCACCUAACCACACUGCCAGCCUUUCUGCUGGGAAAUGUUCUGUUGCUGAAUAGAGGUUCAAAGCCACAGCGAGCGCUAAUCAUAUUGAUCCCUCCUUUCCUCGGCCGGCACCAUUGCCCACUCCUGCAGUGUUGAGUGGCGACUGUUAACGAUCCCCUCGUUCAUGGAAUGUUCCAGCUGUUCACUUCAAUUCUUUGAGCCCCUCGCUUGAUCCGAGACGGCCCCACCCCUGCAUGCCUGUGUGCCUUCUGUCGGGCACAUGGUGGAAGCUCAGGAACUGCUGGUGGAAGAAGAACCCCCGCCAGUGUGUGACGUGGCCUCAGGGGUUUCUGUUGUGCCCGGUCCCCAUCCUCUUGGCCACCUGCCCUGCUACCACUCAGUCUCAUCGGGAUUCCUGGAGAGCAUUUGUUUUGGCCAGGCAUGGCUACACACCUGUACAAGGAGGCCACAGGGCCUGGGGGCUCCCGGGCCAUCAACAACCUUAGAAGAUCCAACAGCACCACGCAGGUCAGCCAGCCUCGGAGUGGCUCCCCCAGGCCAACGGAGCCCACGGACUUCCUGAUGCUCUUCGAGGGCAGCCCCAGUGGGAAAAAGAGGCCGGCCAGCCUGAGCACAGCCCCCAGCGAGAAGGGAGCCACCUGGAACGUCCUGGAUGACCAGCCCCGGGGCUUCACCUUGCCAUCCAAUGCCCGGAGUUCCAGUGCCCUUGACUCACCAGUGGGCCCGCGAAGGAAAGAAUGCACCGUGGCCCUGGCCCCCAACUUCACUGCUAACAACAGAGACAGGUUCUCAUCUGUCACCCUGACUGGAGUCCACGAUCAUAGCUCACUGCAGCCUCUACCUCCUGGGCUCAAGAGAUCCUCCCCGCUCAGCCUUCGGAGCAGCUGGGACCACAGGAGCAACAAGGGAGCUGUGGGCAACUGCGUCACCACCAUGGUGCACAACUGCUACACCCCCUCGGAGAGGGUGCCCCCGCUCAAGAGCUCCAACCAGACCGCCCCCUCCCUCAACAACAUCAUCAAGGCAGCCACUUGUGAGGGCAGCGAGAGCAGCGGCUUCAGGAAGCCGCCGAAGAACGUCUCCAGUGCCACCCACUUGGCCCAGAACAAUACUGGGGGCAGCACGGGCCUGCCCAGGCGGAAGGAGGUGACGGAGGAGGAGGCUGAGAGGUUUAUCCACCAGGUGAACCAGGCCGCUGUCACCAUCCAGCGCUGGUACCGCCACCAGGUGCAGCGGCGCCGAGCAGGAGCUGCCCGCCUGGAGCAUCUGCUGCAGGCCAAGCGGGAGGAGCAGCGGCAGCGAUCGGGUGAGGGGACCCUCUUGGACCUGCACCAGCAGAAAGAGGCAGCCAGGAGGAAGGCCCGGGAGGAGAAGGCGCGCCAAGCCAGGCGAGCAGCCAUUCAGGAGCUGCAACAGAAACGAGCCCUGAGAGCCCAGAAGGCGAGCACUGUUGAGCGUGGGCCACCUGAGAAUCCCAGGGAGACCAGAGUGCCAGGGACACGACAGCCUGCUCAGGAGCUGUCCCCCAUGCCAGGCGGCACUGCCCACCAGGCCCUCAAGGCCAACAAUGCUGAUGCUGGCCUCCCUGCUGCAGGCCCCGGAGACCGCUGCCUGCCCACCUCCGCCUCAUCCCCAGAACAACAGCAGCCUCCAGAGGACAGGAUGCAGGACGUUCUCGUGCAGGAUGCAGCUGGAGACAACCUGGAGAUGAAGGCCCCGAGCAGGGGGCCGCUGGAGGAGCUGCUGCACACGCUGCAGCUGCUGGAGAAGGAGCCGGACCCGCUGCCCUGCCCCAGGGCCCAUCACAGGGGCAGAUACGCCUGGACCAGCGAGGUGACCACGGAGGAUGAUGCCAGCUCUCUGACAGCUGACAACUUGGAGAAAUUUGGAAAACUCAGCGCGUUCCCCGAACCCCCAGAGGAUGGGACGCUGCUUUCGGAGGCCAAGCUACAAAGCAUCAUGAGCUUCUUGGACGAGAUGGAGAAGUCUGGGCAGGACCAGUUGGACCCCCAGCAGGAGGAGGGAUGGGUGCCAGCGGCGGGGCUGGGGCCCCUGGAGCUGGGGUCCGAGGUGAGCACAUCUGUGAUGCGGCUGAAGCUGGAGGUGGAGGAGAAGAAGCAGGCCAUGCUGCUGCUGCAGAGAGCGCUGGCGCAGCAGCGAGACCUCACGGUCCGGCGGGUCAAGGAGACAGAGAAGGCGCUGAGCCGGCAGCUGCAGCGGCAGAGAGAGCACUACGAGGCCACCAUCCAGCGGCACUUGGCCUUCAUUGACCAGCUGAUUGAAGACAAGAAGGUCCUGAGUGAAAAGUGCGAGGCUGUGGUGGCCGAGCUGAAGCAGGAGGACCAGAGAUGCACCGAGCGUGUGGCCCAGGCGCAGGUGCAGCACGAGCUGGAGAUUAAAAAACUCAAAGAAUUAAUGAGUGCCACUGAGAAAGCCCGCCGGGAGAAGUGGAUCAGUGAGAAAACCAAGAAGAUCAAGGAGGUCACUGUCCGAGGUCUGGAGCCCGAGAUCCAGAAGCUGAUUGCCAGGCACAAGCAGGAAGUGCGGAGGCUCAAGAGCCUGCACGAGGCGGAGCUGCUGCAGUCGGAUGAGCGGGCUUCGCAGCGCUGCCUGCGCCAGGCCGAGGAGCUGCGGGAGCAACUGGAGCGGGAGAAGGAGGCGCUGGGCCAGCAGGAGCGCGAGCGUGCUCGGCAGCGGUUCCAGCAGCACCUGGAGCAGGAGCAGUGGGCGCUGCAGCAGCAACGGCAGCGGCUGUACAGCGAGGUGGCUGAGGAGAGGGAGCGGCUGGGCCAGCAGGCAGCAAGGCAGCGGGCGGAGCUGGAGGAGCUGAGGCAGCAGCUGGAGGAGAGCAGCUCUGCGCUGACCCGAACCCUGAAGGCCGAGUUUGAGAAGGGCAGGGAGGAGCAGGAGCGCCGGCACCAGAUGGAGCUGAAGGCUCUGAAGCAGCAGCUGGAGCUAGAGAGGCAGGCGUGGGAGGCCGGCUGCGCCAGGAAGGAGCGCGUGUCCCCCCAGGAGGCGUGGCUGCUGAACCGGGAACAGGAGCUGAGGGAAGAAAUCCGGAAAGGCCGGGACAAGGAGAUUGAGCUGGUCGUUCACCGGCUGGAGGCUGACAUGGCACUGGCCAAGGAGGAGAGUGAGAAGGCUGCCGAGAGCCGCAUCAAGCGCUUACGGGACAAGUACGAGGCAGAGCUCUCCGAGCUGGAGCAGUCGGAGCGGAAGCUUCAGGAGCGGUGCUUGGAGCUGAAGGGCCAGCUUGGGGAGGCCGAGGGCGAGAAUCUGCGUCUGCAGGGCCUCGUGCGGCAGAAGGAGCGGGCUCUGGAGGAUGCGCAGGCGGUGAACGAGCAACUUUCUAGCGAGCGCAGCAACCUGGCCCAGGUAAUCCGCCAGGAGUUCGAGGACCGGCUGGCAGCUUCUGAGGAGGAGACGCGGCAGGCCAAGGCCGAGCUGGCCGCGCUGCAGGCCCGCCAGCAGCUGGAGCUGGAGGAGGUGCACCGGAGGUACCACCCACAGGGUGAAGACAGCCCUCGCGAGGAAGGAGGAGGCCGUGAGCAGCCUCCGGACACAGCACGAGGCUGCGGUGAAGCGGGCCGACCACCUGGAGGAGCUGCUGGAGCAGCACAGGCGGCCCACGCCGAGUACCAAGUGACCAGGGAUGCCGGGAACACUGUCGAAGAAUGGAAGGCAGAGGACAGAGGCUGGACAUGGGCCCGGAGGCCGGUGGUUGAGAUGCCUGUGGCUGAGCACCUGUGGCUGCAUUUUAACAGUAAAAGAGGCCGUUGUUUUCAGUGCCUUGAGUGACUGCCUUGUCUUCUCUCCUGGGCUGGAGGCUGCCCAAGACCCCCAGAGCAGCCAGGCAUGGGUUUGGCUCUCUUCCUCCCACUUCCCUCUCCAGCCUGUGCAGGCUGACCAGGAAAUCACGAAGCUUGGCCAUCAGCUCCCCCGCUAGCAGCCCUCAACA